AUGCGAACCCCUGAACCGCCCGACCGCGACGAACACGAAGCUUCGCCACCGCGACUGGCAAGACCGAAACGCAUCACCAGACCACCCAGAAUCUAUGCUCAAGAACAAGAAAUCGACAAUAAACAGAGGCAGACGCGACCUCAGCAAAAGAAGAGAACUGGACCCGAAUCUCAGCCGGAUAGGGCAACUUCGGAUAACUCCGCGACCGAGAGCAACAAACUCGAUGUAAACGAUUUGGUGAAAGAGAUCACCAAACUCAGGACAGAAAUCAGACUACGAGACGAAUUGCACAAGGAAGAACUACAAAAAGCCAAAGCAGAGUUCGGUACUACCCUCGCCGAGGUCCGGCACGAGCUACAGAACCUGACAGACAGGACCCCGACAUCGCAGUGCAACUCCGAAGCAUGCGCCCAGACUGGUCACGAUAAAAUCCUCCGAGAAAUCCAAUCCCUACGUGAAGAAAUCAGCGCUCCCGCUUUCACAGGUUCCCCGUCCUAUGCCGAUAUCGCCCGCACUCCCCCGCUCAGCCACCCAAGUAAUAUACAGAGCCUCUCGACAUCAAAAACAACACCAACCACACUCACCAACACACUCUAUUACAUAAUCGACACCUCCAGGAUGGCAGAGAACAAAAACAAGAGGAUAUCUGCAGGCUCUAUCCGGGCGGCAGUCGAGACAGAGAUCCAAGCGACGGCAGACCAUACGCAUUAG